AUGGAUGUUGAAGAAUUGCUUUCCGCUGUGAAGGCGGGGAAGCGGCCGUAUGCUCCGGGUGCGGACCUCCAGGGUGCGGACCUCCACGGUGCGGACCUCCGGUACGCGAGCCUCGGACGUGCGAACCUCCAGAAAGCGAACCUCCACGGUGCAGAACUCCGGUACGCGAACCUCCAGGAUGCGGAGCUCUACGGUGCGGACCUCCAGGACGCGGGCCUCUACAGUGCGAACCUCCACGGUGCGAACCUCCACGGUGCGAACCUCCAGGAUGCAGACCUCCGGUUCGCGGACCUCCAGGGUGCAGACCUCCACGGUGCGAACCUCCACGGUGCGAACCUCUGCGGCGCGGACCUCCAGGGUGCGAACCUCCACGGUGCGAACCUCCACGGUGCGGACCUCUACAGUGCGAACCUCCAGGAUGCAGACCUCCAGGACGCGAACCUCCGGGGCGCGAACCUCUGCGGCGCGAACCUCCAGGACGCGAACCUCCACGGUGCGAACCUCCACGGUGCGGACCUCUGCGGCGCGGACCUCCAGAAAGCGAACCUCCAGGAUGCGGACCUCCAGUACGCGAACCUCCAGGAUGCAGAGCUCUACUGUGCGGACCUCCAGGGUGCGGACCUCCACGGUGCGAACCUCCACGGUGCAGAACUCCG